GUGGGAAAGUUGAGAGACCACGUUCUUCUUUAGUGCGAGCGUCUCUGUGCCUUCUCUGUUCUGUCCCUCAUCAAAUCUGCUGCACUCGCCCGGCCAUUAGAGCGUCUCCUGCUCUCUGCCACCCGACCCUCCCUUUUCCUCUCCCCGCCGGUCUAUUCGUCUUGUUUUCUAGAAGAUUCAACAUGGCCGUCGCGUCCUCCUCCGACGUCGUCAUCCUCUCCCUCGGCGUCGUCCUCGCCGCAGCAUACCUCUUCCGAGACUCCCUCUUCACCUCCUCAAAGCCAAAGGCUGUUCCUAUAGCACCUUCAAAGGCCACUAACGGCCAUGGAAACCCACGGGAUUUCAUCGCAAAGAUGAAGGAUGGCAAAAAACGCCUUGUCAUCUUUUACGGCUCUCAGACCGGUACUGCCGAAGAGUACGCUAUCCGUCUAGCAAAGGAAGCCAAGUCCAAAUUCGGCCUUACUUCCCUCGUCUGUGACCCCGAAGAGUAUGACUUUGAGAACCUCGACCAGCUCCCCGAGGACUGCGCCGUCUUCUUUGUCGUCGCCACCUACGGAGAGGGUGAGCCCACCGACAAUGCCGUCACUCUCAUGCAGAACCUGUCCGAGGAGUCUUUCGAGUUCACCAACGGCGAGCACAAGCUCGAAGGCCUCAAAUACGUCGUCUUCUCUCUCGGUAACCGCACCUACGAGCACUACAACGCCAUCGGUCGUCAAGUCGAUGAAGAACUCACCAAGAUGGGCGCUGUCCGUAUCGGCGAGCGCGGUGAGGGUGACGACGACAAGAGCAUGGAGGAGGACUACCUUGAAUGGAAGGAUGGCAUGUGGGAUGCCUUCGCGGUUGCUAUGGGUGUCGAGGAAGGCCAGGGAGGCGAUACGCCCGACUUCGCCGUUUCAGAGGUUGACGCUUCGGCUCCUGAGAAGGUCUAUCAAGGUGAACUGUCGGCCCGUGCUUUGACCAAGACAAAGGGCAUCCACGACGCCAAGAACCCAUACGCUUCGCCUGUCAAGGCUGCUCGUGAACUCUUCCAGGUCGGCGGUGAGCGCAACUGUGUCCACAUGGAGCUCGACAUCGAAGGAUCUGGCAUUACCUACCAACAUGGUGACCACGUCGGCGUUUGGCCUCUUAACCCGGAUGUCGAGGUUGACCGUCUGCUUUGCAUUCUUGGUCUGACCGAGAAGAAGGACACAGUGAUCAACGUCGAGUCUCUCGACCCUGCUCUGGCCAAGGUCCCCUUCCCCGUCCCAACCACUUACAACGCCGUUCUCCGCCACUACAUUGAUAUCAGCGCCGCUGCCGGUCGUCAAAUUCUCGGUUCCCUCUCUCGGUUCGCUCCUACCCCUGAGGCUGAGGCUUUCAUGAAGAAGAUGAACUCGGACAAGGAACAGUACGCCGCUGUUAUCGGAACUGGUUGCUAUAAGCUUGGCGAAAUUCUCCAGCUUGCUGCCGGCAACGACAUCUCGGCUCCCCCCACCCCGGAGAACACUACCGUCUGGACCAUUCCUUUCGAUGUCAUCAUCUCGGCCAUCCCUCGUCUCCAGCCCCGGUUCUACUCGAUUUCUUCCAGCCCCAAGCUCAACCCCACUUCCAUUCACGUUACCGCUGUCGUCCUCAAGUACGAGUCCGUGGCCAACGAGUACACCAACACUCGCUGGGUUUAUGGUGUUGGCACCAACUUCUUGCUCAAUGUCAAGCAGGCUGCCCAGGGCGAGGAGAUCCCCCUCUUGUCAUCCCCUGGUGCGGCGAAUGGUGACGCUGCUUCGGUCUCGCUGCCCAGAUACGCCAUUCAGGGUCCCCGUGGUGCGCACAAAUUCGAGGGUGGUUACAAGGUUCCGGUCCACGUCCGCCGCUCGACAUUCCGUCUGCCCACGAACCCCAAGAGCCCGGUUAUCAUGAUUGGUCCUGGUACUGGUGUCGCUCCUUUCCGCGGCUUCGUUCAAGAGCGUGUUGCCCUUGCCCGCCGGACGCUCGAGAAGAACGGUCCCGAUGCUCUCGCUGACUGGGGCCAGAUCUACCUUUACUAUGGCUGCCGCAAGUCGACCGAGGAUUUCCUUUACAAGGAUGAGUGGCCACAGUACGAGCAGGAGCUUAAGGGCAAGUUCACGAUGCGCAACGCGUUCUCGCGCGAGGUGUUCAGACCUGAUGGCAGCAAGAUCUACGUCCAGGACCUGAUCAUGGAGGACCGCGACAAGAUCGCCGACGCCAUUCUCAACGGCAAGGGCUACAUCUAUAUUUGUGGUGACGCCAAGUCGAUGAGCAAGUCUGUCGAGGAGGGUCUCGCGAAGAUUCUCGGCGAGGCCAAGGGCGGUAGUGCCGAGGUCGAGGGUGCCGCCGAGAUCAAGCUUCUCAAGGAGCGCUCGCGGAUGAUGCUCGAUGUCUGGAGCUAAAGGCUUCACGCGUUUAGAUGCUGCACUGCUACCUCUGUUCUCUCUUUUCUCUCUCGAUGUGGUUUUGGAACUCGCGCGCGAGGUCCCCGGGGACGUCACCGACACAGGAAUUGGUUUAGACUGUUUGUGGCCCCUCCUACUACGUAUGGAAUUUUUUUCCCUCUGCAUUAUGACCCCUCCCUCCCCUCACUCUCUGUCGGUCGUCCUUUGCCUUGGGUUUCCAGAUGGGCUGCCGAAUGUCGACGUUUUGUGCCGACGUGGAUGAAGGAGGGAUGCACGUAUUAUAGACGUACCUACAGCAGUUAUUUAUAAUCUGUCCCUUAGUCACCUCCCCGUAACGUCUUGAUAUACCUCGAACAAUCGUUUUGC